AUGCCGUUGGCUCAUAUAGUGGGCCCCAGGCCUGGCAUCACUCAGCUUGCUUUUAACCAUUCCCCCUGUCUACCAAGUCUGCCGGCCGUGAAAGGUGCUGAAGCUUCCACUUCCAGAGCUGUAGAUCCCUCCCUUCAUCAAUUCAGCUCACUCCUUUUGGCUGCAGGGGCUCGUGCCGAUCCUCGCAUCCUUGUCUGGGACAUGCGUCGCCUAGAUGAGCCGUUGGUUGUAAUCUAUCGACGGGUUGAAAAUCAUCAAAGAUUUCAAUUUAGUUUUGACGCGACUGGCCGUUAUUUGUUAACCUGCAAUCAAUCAGGCGCGAUAUCUGUUUUCGACAUGGCUACUUGCUCCGGCAAUCUCGAGGAGCCAGUCAGCAGUCCGAUUCCAGUUUCGGUUUGGCGGGCCCACAUAGAUUGUGUUCACGGGCUUAGUCUCAAUCCAUGGCUUCCUUUGUUGGCCACAUCUUCAGGUCAGCGCCGCAGCACUCGACAUAGCCAACUGCUCUUGAAUGCUCGGGGUGACCAAGUCUCAGAUCAACCCUGUAAAAGCCAGAACUUGCUCUUAAAGACAACCAGCAUUAUCACGAAGAAUGGUAGGAUAAAAAACUACAGAUCUGUUGGUGAUGAUAAGAGAAAGGAGCCUUGA